GAGUUAUGGAUACCGAAUAUGAGUACCGAGGAUGGAAUCAUUAUUAUAAUGUUGUUAAAAGGGUGUCAUCAUUGGCUGGUCAAUGGCCUUAUCAAAGAUUAAAAAUCAGACUGCUCUGUGUAAUCUUGGUAACUCUGAGCAUAUUUUCCAUGAAUGUCCCACAGAUGGCUAGAUUUGUAAUAUGUAACGGAGAUUUGCAAUGUAUUUUUGAAACUAUGACGUCGUUCAUGUUAGCAACCAUGUGUCUGGUGAAACUAUAUACGUGUUACCUUAAUCGCUAUAAAAUGAAAGAUCUGACCAAUCAUUUGUUUGUCGAUUGGAACGCAUUAGAAACUUCAGAAGAAUAUGAAAUUAUGAGCAGAUAUGCCAAGAACGGUAGACUAUAUUCUUUGGGAUACUCAUUAUAUUGCUUUGUAGCUCUAUGUGUAUUUUUGUCAAUGUCUCUCAUACCGCAACUGUUGGACGUUAUAAUGCCUCUCAACAAAACCCGUCCUAUUCUAUUGACAUAUCCAGGAUACUACUUUGUCGACGAAAAAGAAUAUUUCUUUUACAUUUUUCCACAUGCUGUCGUAUGUUGGGAAAUUGCUAUAUCCGGGAUAGUCGCCCAUGACUGUAUAUUUGUAACUUAUGUGGAACAUGUUUGCAGUAUGUUUGCUGUAGUUGGAUUUCGUCUCAACCACUUAUUCAAUGAUUGCAAUAAUAAAGUGAAAACUACAAAUAUGGAUGAUAUAUAUCGUAAAAGAGUUGCGUUCAUUGUGAAUACACAUCGAGAAGCUUUAAGGUAUGCGCAACUUCUCGAAGAUACGUUUAAUGUACCUUUCGCGAUGCAGAUACUGAUAGUAACAAUAGGAAUGAGCAUCACGUUGCUACAAAUAAUGCAGCGAAAUGAUAACAGCAAUAUCUUAGAAACGAUGAGAUACGCGUUGUACGUCAUUGGAGAAUUGAUACACUUGUUCUUUCUCAGUUUCGAAGGACAAAAGCUGAUAGAUCACAGUCUUCAGAUGCGGGACAAAGUAUAUAACAGCUGUUGGUAUGAAGUAUCCAUGAAGUCUCAAAAAUUAAUUGUACUGGUCAUGAUGAAAAGUCUUCGAUUGAGUUUCUUAAGCGCCGGCAAGGUUUACAUUUUCUCUUUGGAGAGCUUCACCACAGUUCUACAAACCUCGAUGUCCUACUGUACAGUACUCGCAUCCUUUCAAUAGUUGUCCAAUGCUUAUCCCGAUAAUUGUGCGAUUCAAUUGUGGCAUUAUUAUCGAAAGCGAAAUGU